AAAGAAUAAGUUGAACCUUCGCCUCUUCAUGGUACUCGAGUUAUCAUAUUUCUUUCCCCAAGAAAAACAAUCAGACAAGAAAAGACGACAAGAAAGCUUUGCAGAGUAACAAAUAUUAAUUAUGGUUCGAAUGAUUCUGGGAACGGCAGCGGGUAUGUAAAUGCUAGGGCUUUCGGUUCGGCACUUGACAGCCCCGAACCCCUCACCAAUCAUCCUCCUUUGUGAGACCCACUGACACCUUCUGAAAAGUAUCGCUAGUCCUCUCCAUGAUCAAUGCUGUAUCAGCAACAGCAGGAUUCGUCGCCAAAGAUGACAGCAUUUCAUUUGCUCUGAACAUACCAGAGAAAAAUCCAAACAAUGAUUUAUAUUUCAGCAUAUCAGGUCCGAGCAGCUGCUCCUGGAUUGUGAGUCCAAAUACCUACACAAGCAAGCAAAUCAAUUCGUCUAAUCUGAUGAACAUAGGCUGUGGGCAUGGGAUCAGAUAAGAUGAAAAAUUCCCUCAUGUUUAUGAUGUAUGCCGAUUCGACGGGGAACAAUGUAACUCUCAGCCCUCGAAUAGCUACCGGUGAGAAUGAACCAUCGCAUACCAAGGAUAUCGUGGUUGAAGCUUUUGCCGGCACACGAAUUUUUAAUGAUACUUUCACGUGGAAUGGGAGAUGUCGCAAUUGUACCUCGUGGAAAGGAGGAUCCAUAGGUCCUACAAAUAUGGAGGCAAACUUCAUAUGGGCCACUGGACCACCUGGAAACAUAAAUUCCAAUUCGUUGCAUGCCAAUAUCAAAAGACAUGAUACGUAUGGAGUUUUUGCCAUGGAUUUGUCGAAAGCGAUGGGUGCUGCAGCUGUACCUGCGGUCCCAACUUCGAAUUCCAAAGGUUCUUCCCAGUUUUCGGAGAAAGCGGAUGGUAACGUCUCGUCAGCUGCCCAUGCUGUUCUGAUGGUGUUGGUAUUCGUAGGCCUUUUGCCGUUGGGUCUAGUUAUUUUGAGGUUCUUUAAUUGUCCCAGAUGGCAUGCUCUCAACCAGACUAUAUCUCUUAUGAUCGCUCUCAUAGGCCUUGGAAUAGGUGCUCAAAUGGGUACACUUUACAAUCGGGUAUGUUUGAUCUUCCUUGAUUUCAAAACUGCUCCUCUAAUAUAAGUUACAGACGAAAGGUUUCAAAUCCGGACAUGAAAUCUUUGGCCUCAUUAUUGUGGUAGCCAUGGUCGGACAGUGGAUCCUCGGAUUUCUUCACCACCGAAUGUACAAGAAAACCUCAACCACUACCAAAUUCGCUCCUAUACACGUUUGGUUAGGUCGUAUUAUCAUCCCAGCUGGAAUCAUAAACGGAUUUAUGUAAGUAUCCUCAAACAGUACAUCCAUGAUACCCAACCUAACACAACAACAGUGGCUUCCCUCUUGCUCUUAACCCUAAAUUCGACUACGCACUCCUAGCCUGCACUCUCCUCAUUAUAAUAAUUUUCGCCCCUCUUCUAUUCUGGGGCUACAAACGUCGUCAAGCUAAAGAGAUCGAAGCAAUCACGAGCGAGACAGAAGGCUAUCAAGCAGAGCCUUGGAGAGCCCCUCAGGCGCAGUAUGAUAUUAAUCUGAAUCAUAUGAACAUGGGCUCUAACUAUGGAGUACCUCCGUCCUACAAUGCAGCCGCACAACAAAAUAUGCAGCAGCAGCAACAGACUCCGGGUCAAUCGUCGCAUAAUCUUCCAAUGCAGCAAGGGAUGCAGUUUGUUUAAGGAUCAAGUUCAACUCUACAGAACUCCUGGGUUUCUGUAAGGAAGUCUCAGCGAUCGAUUAGAUUAGGAUGAAAUCUUUGAAAUAUUGAGCAUGGCAAAGCGGAUAUACAUAUGAUUCGAGUAUUUAUGGGCAAAAGGAACAGGAACUCCAUAGUCAUAUCGGAUUAGGAUUUUAAGAUUUGGAAUACCGACCAAGGUCACCAGGGCAUAAAGGGGCGUUCGGCGUGCGUGAUAGCGCGGAGGAAAAAUGGACAAUUUCUUUAUGUAUGGCCUGGUUGCCAACAUAGGAGAAAUGGCGUUUCAGGUUACUUUUCCCUUUUAUGGAUACCAUUAAUUAAGAUACAUUCAAUGAUCCGAAGUUCUACGCAAUUUGGAA